CUGCUGCGGCGGUUUCAGAGAGAAAAGCCACGGGGUGCCGGGUAGAUGCUUGCAACAGGUCGCGUUGGUGCGACCGUCCCCGGGUUCCCGUUCCGGAGUCACUUUUGCGGUUUGCGCGCUCUCCUUACGCCAGUGACGCGUCUCGGCGGGUGCUGGGGCAGCGGGACGGGUGAGUCCCAGAGGCAGACGCCUUCCCCCGCCGGAGCUGGAACAGCGCUGCCGGCUUUCCUUCGGGUCCGGGCAGAAGGAUACUGCUCUCGGGGCACUGUGAGCUGCGGGAGGAUUGGCCGCAGCACCUCAGAGGAGCUGGAGCCCAUGGGGAGCCUCUGCGGGACCGAGCCGUGCUGAGGAGAGACCCCGCAGCCUCCUCUAUGAUGCUUUGCUUUCAGCACAAUAGAUGCUUCAUGCUGCUCCCACAUGGAAAAUGUACAUAUUAAGUGGGAUUGCCACAGAUGUGAAAGAGAUGAAUUGAUUUGCCAAAGAUUGGAAAGCCAAUGUCAGUGCUGGGAUCAGCCCUGAGGGCUGCUUGGCUCCCAGCUGGCUUUCCCAUGGGAGAAUCAGCAGUUUAACUCUACCCUGAUCACUUCAGAGCUGAUUAUUUCUGGCCUCUUGAACUUUUAUGAUCAUUUUAUUAGACUUCUUGGCUGUGCCUCAGUGGUGGGUGACUGAAUCUAGCCUUCUCUGCAUCACGGUGAUAGUAGUAAUGUGAAGUUUAAUGAGCACCUGCAAAUUCGCGUAGCAGGGAAGGAACUGCCAUGCCCGUGGGAAUCUUCCGGGUGUGCCUAGUGGUGAUUACAGCUAUUGUCAACCACCCUCUCCUCUUCCCUAAAGAGAAUGGCACUGUCCCUGAGAACACGGAAGAAAUCAUCCAGAAGAUGAAGGAGCGGGAGCUGAGCCUUCGGCUGGAGCAGUUGCGUUUGGAGCAGGAAAUUGCAGACCAGGAAGCCACACAGAAGGCUGUAGAAAAUGCUGCAGAGGUGGUAGAGGGAAGUAAAGAGGAAAAGGUCAGAUGGGAUAUGUGGACUGCCCUUUCCAUGGUCAUCUUCCUGCUGAUCGAGCUCUGGAGGCAGGAUUUCCAGGAAGGGAAUUGGCAGGACACAGGAGAAGAGGAUGACAUGGCUGUCCUGGGGAGAGCAUUUAAAGGAGUGUCCUUCCCUGACAAGGCUGUCUUGGCCAGCUUCUAUGAAAAGCGCAUCCUGGCUACCACUGGAGAUGUGGCCAGGAUGCGGGAGAUGGUGGAAGGCUUUGCAGAUGACCUGCUGGAGGCCUUGAGGAGUGUUUGUAACCGGGAUGCUGACAUGGAAGUGGAGGACUGCAUGGGUGUGGGGAGCAUGUAUGAGAAUUGGAGAGUGCGUAAACCUUUUGUCUGUGAUCUGAUAGUGCCUUUUGCCCCCCCAGAGCCAUACUGUUUUCGGUGCCAGGCCUGGUGUUCUAGCGACUCUUCCCCCCCAGAUGAACAAGGUUAUGGCACUAUCAAGGUAUGCAGGGCAGAUGAGGAUGUGACAGGUUGCAUCUGUGACAAGACUAAACUAGGGGAAGAUAUGCUGUGCCUCCUCCAUAGCCAAACCAAUACUACAAGGCCUAGCAGUGAGAUGGAAGACCUCCUGUGCUUUAAAAACACUCAAUAUCUGGAUGCUGAUCAAGUUAUGAAGUGGUUCCAGAUUGCAGUCACCAAGGCCUGGAACAGAAUCUCUCACAAGUAUGAAUUUGACCUUUCUUUCAGCCUCCUGGACUCGCCAGGAGCCCUGAAGAUCAAAUUUAGAUCAGGAAAAUCGAUUGCUUUCAACCUCACCCCUGUGGUGCAGUAUGAGAACUCUGACGUGUACUUCAUCUCUCACUUCCCUCGGGGUGGCCUGGCAGCCGAGCUCCCCUCCAGCACUCGCUGGUUCCUCACCUUUGCAGUGUAUGAGAGGAGGUUCAUCCAGCUCAUCUCCAAAACGCUGCCUGCCAAUGCCUGCCAUGUCAGCUGCCUUCAGAUCCUCUCCUUUGUCCAUGGGAAACAGUGCAGCCUCACAGGUCCAAGCGGGCUCAGCAACUACCACCUAAAGACGGUGAUGCUGCAUCUCCUGCAGGCACGUCCCAGUCAGGACUGGGCCCCAGAGAAGCUGGAGGCCCGUCUACAGGACAUGCUGAAAUACCUGGAGAAAUGCUUGCAUGAAAAGAAGCUCUACCACUUCUUCAUUGGCAAUGAGAAGGUACCAGCAGAGCUGGGCUUCCCCAUCGUAUUCCAGAGGGCUGAGCCUCUGAACCUUUUCCGUCCCUUUGUGCUACGUAGGGACGUUUACAGGAAGACAGUGGACACAUUCCAUGAGAUGCUCAGGAACAUGUCUGCACUGAUAAAUGAGUACACAGUGCACAUUCCCCUUGCACACACCAACGGGAUCCGUAAAGAAUCCCUUUAACCAAAGCCAGCCGGAGAGCACUUGUUCCUCUAAGCACAAGUCCAGAGGGCAGCUUUCCGAAGCCUCCUGGACACAACUGACUUUGCCAGUACAGCUUCUUGUCUGCAGCUGAACCAGUCCUGGGCGAUGGUUUCUGCAGUAAGGGAGAGGGGAUGCGGGAAGGAUAGGGAAAACUGGAAGAUGUGGUAUGAAAGUAAGGUUCUGCUGCACUGGUGUGCUGGCUGGGUUUGAUGCAGCUAAGAAUAUAUUUUUUCUAUUGUGCCUCAGUCAUGCUGCAGUGGUGGUGAGCAGCAAAUAUGACUAAUUUAUUCAGAUGCCUGCAAUACAAACUGUGGCAGUGGUGGCCAAAUACUUCAUUUCCUUUGGAAAGAGGAGAUAAGAAUAGGGUGGAGGAAUCAGAAACAGGAUCUUGGGAUUGCAGGGACCUGUAUGCUUGCAGACAGCUGCCUGCUAGCACAACCUAAGACUUGGUGCUGA